AUGUUAUUUUAUUUGUUAAGAAAUGUUUCGCAACCUAAAUCUGUUACUUAUAAAUAUCGUUUUGAAUAUCCAGAUUCUUCAGAUUUUGAUUUAGCAUAUUAUGAAGUACAAUUUGAUAGUUUAGAAUCGUUUCCAUGGAACUCAGUUGAUAAUGUUGUUGGAAAUCAUGGUACAGAUGAUCAUAAAUUAUCUGAUGUAUUUAUAUGUGUCAGUAAAGUAUUCAUUUCAUCAAUGGACAAUCCAGAAACAACGAACAGUGAAAAUGUUUUUACAGCAGAUAAAAUUGAUGAUCAUAUAUGGUUAGGUGAUAUCGAUUCAUCCGCAAAUCAUCAAGCACUGAAUGAACUUAAUAUUACACAUAUAUUAACAAUACUUCAUUUUGAUCCUGAACGUGAAAAAAAUGAUCGUUAUAUUCGUAAACAUGUAUUUUCUUAUGAUACACAUAAAGCAGAUUUAAUUGGUGAAUUUGAAUCUUGUUACAAAUUUAUUGAACAAGCCGUAUCAAAAAACCAAAAUGUUCUUAUACAUUGUCAUGCUGGUAUGUCUCGUAGUGCAACAAUUGCUUGUGCUUAUCUAAUGAAAAAAUAUAAUCUAUCUUAUGAAACUGCACUUGAACAAUUAAAAGCUAAACGUCCAUGUGUUUAUCCUAAUCCUGGAUUUGCACAUCAAUUACGUCUUUAUCAUUCAAAGAAAUAUUCCUAUAAACCAUCUAAAUCUGAUAGUAAUAAACCAUCAACAUCUGAUCAGGUAGUAGCCGAAAAUAACUUUGAUGAUGUUAUUCCACCAACUAAAAAUGAUACAUGUUCAAAAGAAUAUAAAUGUAAAAUCUGUCGUCAAGUACUAUUUACUGAUGCUGAUCUUGAAACACAUAUUGCUGGUAUAGGUCGAUUUGAUCUAUACUCACGUAGUUCAGCUUUUAAAGCAAAAAUAAAUGCUGAAGUGAAGGGUAAUGAUUAUUGUCAACAAGAAAUAUUUACAACACAACCGACUUGGUUACCAGAUGUAUAUGAUAAAGAUACACAAAAUGGUGAAAUUGAAUGUCCAAAUUCGAAAUGUCAAGCAAAACUUGGUCGAUAUUCACUUGUUGGUGAAAAAUGUACCUGUGCUAAAUGGAUUAAUCCAGCAUUUCAUUUUCAUCGAAGUAAAGUUGAUGAAUGUCCCAUAGCAAAAAACGACACAAUUGAAAAACUAUUAUUACAAAGAAGUGUUCCGGUUUAG